GAAGACGACAUUCCCCAGAGCCGGGCUCGCAGCCGCCGCGCACAGCGACAUGACAGCCAUCCUGGAGCGGAUCAGCACGCUGUCCCUCAGUGGGCAGCAUCUCAGCCGUCUUCCCAGGCUGCUGGAGGAUGGCUUCCCCAAGAUGCCUUGCACGGUCAAAGAGUGCGAGGUACCGCAGCUCUUCCGUGAGCCGUACAUCCACACCGGGUACCGUCCCACUGGCCAGGACUGGCGGUACUACUUCCUUAGCCUCUUCCAGAAGCACAAUGAGGUGGUCAAUGUGUGGACUCAUCUCCUGGCAGCGCUGGCUGUGCUGCUGAGAUUCAAGACGUUUGUGGAGGUUGAGCAGUUACCCGUGGACGCGUGGUCCUUGCCUUUGCUCAUCUUUGUCCUCUCCUCUGUCACCUACCUGACCUGCAGCCUCUUGGCCCACCUCCUGCAGUCCAAAUCGGAGCUGUACCACUACACCUUCUACUUCGUGGACUACGUUGGUGUCAGCAUCUACCAGUAUGGUAGCGCCCUGGCCCAUUUCUACUACAGCUCUGACCAAGCCUGGUAUGACAAGUUCUGGCUUUUCUUCCUGCCAGCAGCUGCUUUCUGUGGCUGGCUGUCUUGUGCUGGCUGCUGCUACGCAAAAUAUCGGUACCAACGGCCUUACCCCAUCAUGAGGAAGAUGUGCCAGGUGAUCCCAGCUGGGCUGGCGUUCAUCUUGGAUAUCAGUCCUGUUGCUCACCGGGUGGUUGUGUGUCACCUGGGGGGCUGUGAGGAAGACGCUGCUUGGUACCACACGUACCAAAUACUGUUUUUCCUUAUCAGCGCUUAUUUCUUCUCCUGCCCGGUCCCUGAGAAGUACUUCCCCGGCUCCUGUGAUAUCAUCGGCCAUGCCCACCAGAUCUUCCACACCUUCCUGGCCAUCUGCACCCUAUCACAGCUGGAGGCCAUUUUAUUGGAUUACAAGAGCAGGCAGGAGAUCUUCCUGAAGAGACAUGGGCCUUUCUCCAUCUAUCUCUCCUGCAUCUCUUUUUUUGGCCUGGUGGCUUGUAGUGCCAUCACAGCUUACAUCCUGCGAUGCAGGAUCAAGGCCAGCCUGGCUAAAAAGGACUCCUGAGAGUCAUGAACAUGAUGGGCAUGACAUCACCAGGGUGGUGAAAAAUCAAGAAAAGGGGCAUAACAUAUUAGAGACAUAACUGGCUUAUUUGCCUAACACACUGUGACUAACCUGGACCCUGGGCUCAGGUGGAGGGCCGGAGACUUGACGCUGGAUGCAUUUUCACAGCAGAGACUGCCUUCUGCCAUCCAGGGGGACAUGGGGUGUUUUAAGCCAGAACAGGUCAUUUAACCAAGGAUGCUGGUUAGGCAGAGGUUUCUUGUUCACUCUGGCAAAGCUGUGGGGGACACCUUGCUGAAUGUCAAGGGAGGGCAGCCUGAAGGCUGUGAGACUGUAGAAGGGUCUGCCAGGGCUCACAACGCAGCCAAGAACGCACUGCAAGGACCACGGCUGGAUGUGAUGACCUCUCUGGGUUUUGCCAUCUCUGCUAUCUGUGGGAGACCUGUUACUUUCAAAGGCAGUAGCAAGGUUUCAGGAGGAGUCUAGGGUUCAGUCAAGGGCAUGUGUGGCACAGUGGCUGGUAUAAUCCUUUUGCUGCUCCAGCUGGGAUAAGCCAGGUUCUCUCUGUGGUCGCCUUGUCAGGUAUCUCAGUGCCAGGUUGCUGAGGUGGCUUUGGCAAAGCAGUUUUGGAGACUUAGGCCUGACCUGGGAUCCUUUAGGACAAACUGGGUCUGAACCUGAGCCCUGUGUCUGCCAGUGACUGGUGUGGGUCCAGCACAGGUGGAGAUGUUAGGUCAGCUCAGUCUUCUCUUUCUGUAUGACUGCACCAUCUGCAGUGGAGUUGCUCAUCAAAACCAAGGACUCAGGCUGUUGCAAGGAUUAUUAACAAGAGAUGGGGUCUUUCUCGGCAGUUGGAAUUUUACCUAAGGUAGUGGCUGUUUGGUAGCCUACCAGAAAGGUCUUUAAAGGCUCCUCACUUUCAUUUUAAGUGCUUAGUUGCCUUUGAGGAGCUGGGCCUGGGUCAGGUUGGAGACGGUUUUGAACCUUCCUCAGUAGCAGUGGCAGAGGUCAAGCACCCCUGAGGCCAUCAACAUUCAGGGCUCUGGCCCCAGGAGGGGAGAUGCUUUUGAUGCUGAGCACAUCAUUUUGGCUGCU